GGGCGCCCUUUCCCGGGGCUUUGCGGCCAGCCCGGCCAGUGCACCUGCGGUCACCGCGGAGAGGAGCCGGCGCCAGCCCCCAAGCCACGGCGACCCGGCCACCCUGGGCCACCCGGCCUCGAUGUUUAUCAGGAAAGCCAACUUCAAAAGCCCAUAGAAAUGAAUAGUUCUAAAAACCCCCCUGGGUCCUAUGACUUUGAUCUUAUCAUCAUUGGAGGAGGAUCUGGAGGAUUGGCAGCUGCUAAGGAGGCUGCCAAGUUUGACAAGAAGGUGAUGGUCUUGGAUUUUGUCACUCCAACUCCUCUUGGAACUAGAUGGGGUCUUGGAGGAACAUGUGUCAAUGUGGGUUGCAUACCUAAAAAACUGAUGCACCAAGCAGCUCUGUUAGGACAAGCCCUGAAAGACUCAAGCACCUAUGGAUGGAAAGUUGAAGAUACGGUUCAACAUGACUGGGAAAAGAUGACGGAAGCUGUACAGAAUCACAUUGGUUCUCUGAACUGGGGCUACCGAGUAGCUCUUCGGGAGAAAAAAGUCACCUAUGAGAAUGCUUAUGGGAAGUUCGUUGGUCCCCACAGGAUCAAGGCAACAAAUAAUAAAGGCAAAGAAAAAAUAUAUACAGCAGAGCGAUUUCUCAUUGCAACUGGUGAAAGGCCACGCUACCUGGGCAUCCCUGGAGAUAAAGAUUACUGCAUCAGCAGUGAUGAUCUUUUCUCCUUACCCUACUGCCCGGGCAAGACCUUGGUGGUUGGAGCAUCCUAUGUUGCUUUGGAAUGUGCUGGAUUCCUUGCUGGUAUUGGUUUAGAUGUUACUGUUAUGGUACGGUCCAUUCUUCUGAGAGGAUUUGACCAAGAUAUGGCCAACAAAAUUGGUGAACACAUGGAAGAACAUGGUAUCAAGUUUAUAAGACAGUUUGUACCAACUAAAAUAGAACAAAUUGAAGCAGGGACACCAGGACGACUCCGGGUAACAGCUAAGUCCACCAACAGUGAAGAGACCAUUGAAGGAGAAUAUAAUACGGUGCUGUUGGCAAUAGGAAGAGACUCUUGUACAAGAAAUAUUGGCUUAGAAACUGUGGGCGUGAAGAUAAAUGAAAAGACGGGAAAAAUUCCAGUCACAGAUGAAGAGCAGACUAACGUGCCUUACAUCUAUGCCAUCGGUGACAUACUGGAGGGAAAGCUGGAGCUCACCCCAGUGGCUAUCCAGGCAGGCAGAUUGCUGGCUCACAGGCUUUAUGCUGGCUCUACUGUGAAGUGUGACUAUGAAAAUGUUCCAACAACUGUUUUUACUCCUUUGGAAUAUGGGUCUUGUGGGCUUUCUGAAGAGAAAGCUAUAGAGAAAUUUGGGGAAGAAAAUAUUGAAGUUUACCAUAGCUUCUUUUGGCCAUUGGAAUGGACACUCCCAUCAAGAGAUAACAACAAGUGUUAUGCAAAAGUAAUCUGCAAUCUUAAAGACAAUGAACGUGUUGUGGGCUUUCAUAUUCUGGGUCCAAAUGCUGGAGAAGUGACCCAGGGCUUCGCAGCUGCACUCAAGUGUGGGCUGACUAAAGCACAGCUGGACAGCACAAUUGGAAUCCACCCUGUCUGUGCAGAGAUAUUCACAACGUUGUCGGUGACCAAACGCUCCGGGGGAAACAUCCUCCAGACUGGCUGCUGAGGUUAAGCCCCAGUGUAGAUGCUCUUGCCAAGACUGUGAACCACUGACUUGUAUUCUUGCCCACCUCCAAGGUGAAGUCUUCAAGAAGGCUCUUGGCACCUGUGCAGGAUGCUGUGUGUGUUGGCCCCUGAGACCUGGGGUCCCUGGGCAGGAGGUGGUCAGUGGAAGGCAGGCAGCAUCACACUGGGGUUACCAUAAUGGACUCGCGCUGACUCUCGGCAGUGCAUCAGAGGGAUGCGUCCAUGAAGUCACCAGCCUCAAGCCCAAGUGGUGGGCAGUGACGGAACAACUGUCUAAUCAGUUCAGCAUGGACUUUCAACAUGGGUUUUCUUACUCUCAUUCUCAAGCUAGUGAAUGUUCACUAUAUGUUUCUCUUUUCUCCAGGAGGUUAAUGAUUCUAGAGAUGAAAGGUAAUAGCAGUCAAUUUUUGUCAUAAAGCUAGUCAUGACUACAAUGUCCAAAUAGUGUUUGGUUGAGUAGGUUUGUGAAGGAGAACCCUGGAUGACUACAGUCUAUGCUUCCAUUUUUCUGACUGGUUCACAUUGUCCCCUUUAUUAAGUUAUGUCCAGACAGGUAAAACUGUGAAUGACUCAGCGAAUUCACCCCCACGUGCAACGUCACUGGUUGUUAUUUACCAAAGCCCAUUGAGGAAGGGAGGGGAAGUGGCACUCAGUCAGCCCACUCAGAGCAGUCUGCCCUUGCAGGCUCCUAGUGUCAGCAUUCCUACCAUCAGGCUUCUUGGAGGCAGAUGCACAGCCCGAGGUAAAAACAGCAACUGUCUCACUCGAUGUAAUGUGUUGUGCACUGAGUUAAGUGAGCUGAGAAAUCAUUUGCAAUGGAAAACACUUAAUUUGCUUAAACCUUUUUGUUUUUGUUUGGUGGAUUUAGCUUUAAGCUAAAAUCACAAAAUACCGUGACUUUAUUUUGUGUUGUGGUGUGUAUCUUUCUAUCCCUUGCUAAGAGCUACAUUCAUCAGAAAGUAGGUCUUUCCAUACUUAAUGACUUAAAUAUUUUGUGGUAAUUACCUUAAGGAUGUUAAUACCAUAAAUUAUUAUUUUUGAACACAGGUGGAUGUGAAGGAUUUUCAUUUAAAACCGAGUGGUUUUGACUUUUUCUGUUGGAGAUGAUGGAAAUUUGGCACAAGUGUGUAUGGAUUCCACCUCGUAUUUUGACUAAGAGGAGUUAACUCCUCGUCAGUUAGGUACUUGUGUAUAAAUGUGUUGGCUGUGGUUAUUCCAGCCGUAAAGUUGCAAACACAUGCUGUGGACAUCAGGUUUCCUGCUGGUGGUUCUCAUAGCUCCUUUUCACAACCUCCCUCUUGCGGUGCACCUCUGCUGCUGCACCAAGUGGUUGUUUCCGUGUAUUUCUGAGCCGCCUCAGGGAACCCACAUGUCUACCAGUCAGCAGAACCGGAAGCUGCCUCACAGGCUCUGCCUCAGGGCUUGCCCCUUCUGCAGAUGAAGAUAUGGGAGGAGGAGAGGGGAACUGAUGGAUGGACUUGUGUUGAGUUUUAUUUAUUUUUUUUAUCCCCUCUCCUCAAGUCUGUCAGUCUCUGAAGUUAGAACAAUAGGGCAAUAUGAGGUAAUCGUGCCUAAUCAUGUUGUGAUUCUCUCUUAGCAAAAUGGAAUGUUCUGCCCCCACAAGAAGGGUUAGACUUCAUAGACUUGUUUAGAUUCUUAAUUGCUCACUGUACUGUAACUCAUAUUUCAGUUCCAUGUAUUUUUGUUACAAAUUUUCUAAAAUAAUAAAGCAAUGUGAAACAUUUAAA